AUGAUUCAAAGGGAUGCAGUGAGUGCCGAAUGGCCGCCAUUGCAAUUUCGUAUUUAUGCAUCUGUGAAUUCUCGUUCCAAAGAGAAUUAUGGAAAAAUCAUUCAUCAGAUAGCAUUUCUGGAUAUCGAUGAAGUCAUGGAAAGGGAAGUAAUUAGUUCAUUAACAGUUUCACAUCAGGUACAUGUAGAUCUCCCAGAACAUACGCGUAACAAUGGCUCAUUGUAUUUGCAUUGCUUUCUGCUACCUGCAGAGCAUAAACAUCCGGAUCCCUAUCAGGCAUCUUGGCAAAUAGUACAAACAGUUCGUAUAACAACAUACCAAAUUCCCCAAGCAGAAACAUUUCGAUUAAUUACAGAAGCUGAAGAGAAACGGAAGAGGAGUAAAGAAGCGAGUAGAUCUGUGGAUCAGUUACGUGAAGAAGGAAUACCGGUUACACAUUUCCGCAGCAAGCUGCCAUUAACAAUUGUUGCUGAAUCGCCUAAAUUCGAUUUAUAUGCUCUUCCUGGUGAAAUCUAUCAGCACAUGCAGUUUUUCCACAGAGAUGGUCAAACAUAUUACUGGCCAAUAUUUUAUGUCGAUGAAUUGAGUUUUCUUACAAAAGAUCUAAUACAGUACCGACCGAUAUCUAUUGGUAAAUUGCGUUUACUGAUUACUGCUCAAGCAUCUCUUGAUCAACUGAAACGAAUGGGUUUUAGCGACAAGGAUGUUGAUGAGGUGAAGGGAAUAUUUGUGGACACGAAUUUUUACUUUUUGGCGAUGACAGUAUUUGUUGCUGCUUUACAUAUGUUGUUUGAUGUUCUCGCAUUCAAAAAUGACAUAGCAUUUUGGCGAAAUCGAAAAAGCAUGGCCGGUUUGUCGACAAGAACUGUGUUAUGGCGUUCAUUUAGUCAAUCAGUGAUAUUUGUAUAUCUUCUUGACGAGGAGACCAGUCUUUUGGUAACAAUUCCCGCAGCUAUUGGCUGCAUUAUUGAAUACUGGAAAGUAGUUAAAUCUGCCAAAAUUUCAAUUUAUUGGUCAAAAGGUAUUCCACAUUUCCGAUUUGGCACUUCCACUGCAGCAGAAAUAGAAACAGAAUCAUUUGAUUUAGAAGCAAUGAAAUAUCUCACUUUUCUACUUACACCUCUUUGUAUAGGUGGCGCCAUUUAUAGCUUGGCAUAUAUUCCGCAUAAAUCAUGGUAUAGUUGGAUAAUUCAGUGCAUGGCUAACGGUGUAUAUGCAUUUGGCUUUUUAUUUAUGUUACCACAGUUGUUUGUUAAUUAUCGUAUGAAAUCAGUUGCUCAUCUCCCUUGGAGAACCUUUAUGUAUAAGGCAUUUAAUACUUUCAUAGACGAUGUGUUCGCAUUUAUUAUAACAAUGCCGAUAUCUCAUCGCGUUGCUUGUUUCCGAGAUGAUAUAGUUUUUGUCAUUUAUCUCUAUCAACGAUACCUUUACCCGGUUGACAAAUCACGCAUCAAUGAAUUUGGUGAAAGUUUCGAAGAUACUGAGAUCCUGAAUGUUCAAAGAACCGAAUCUCCUUCAGCGUUAGUGCCAUCUCCACAAUUUAAAUUGAAAGCAGAAAAAAAAGCUGUCUGA